AUGGCUGUCCCUUUGCUGAAGAAGCAAAUUGUGAAGAAGCGUACCAAGCACUUCAAGAGGCCCCAAAGUGACAGGAAGAUAUGCGUCAAGGAAAGCUGGAGAAGGCCCAAGGGUAUCGAUUCACGUGUCAGGCGAAAAUUUAAGGGAUGUGCCUUGAUGCCCAACAUUGGCUAUGGUUCAGACAAGAAGACUCGCCACUUUCUCCCUAAUAAGUUCAAGAAAUUCGUUGUGCACAAUGUCAAAGAGGUUGAAAUCCUAAUGAUGCACAACAGGACUUACUGUGCUGAGAUUGCACACAAUAUUUCCACCAAGAAGAGAAAGGAGAUCGUCGAGCGUGCAGCGCAGUUGGAUGUUGUUGUUACCAACAAACUUGCCAGGCUGCGCAGCCAGGAGGACGAGUGA